AAACACGGAAAAGAAACUUAAAAGGAAAAAAAAAAAAUAGGGGGAAAGCUUUGAUUCUAAGCCAGUUUCUUUCCUCCUCUUCAGAGAAAAGUCGCAACGCGUUUUCUAGCAAAAUUUUCUCACUCUGUUUUUCUCUGACCUCGAAAGAGAAAAAAAAGAACAAAGAACAACUAAUUUAGAGAGAGAAGAGACGAAGAUGGAUAAAUUUAAGAGUAUGUUGAAACCCAAGACAAACCCACAACAAUUAUUAAGAGAUUGGCAAAGAAAGCUUCGUCAAGAGUGCCGUAACAUUGAACGCCAAAUCAGAGAUGUUCAGAGAGAGGAGAAAAGUGUACAGAAAGCAAUUAGAGAAGCUGCCAAGAGGAAUGACAUCGGUUCUGCUAAGGCACUUGCAAAAGAAAUUGUAAUGUCAAGAAAAGCUGUGAACCGUCUAUAUGAGAAUAAAGCCCAGCUUAAUUCAAUAUCAAUGCACCUCGGGGAAAGUGUUGCAAUUGCUCGUACUGUUGGUCAUUUGUCCAAGAGUGCUGAAGUCAUGAAACUUGUCAACAACCUCAUGAAAGCUCCGGAAAUGGCUGCCACAAUGCAAGAAUUUAGCAAAGAAAUGACCAAGGCUGGGGUUAUUGAAGAAAUAGUAAAUGAUGCCCUUGACACAGCAUUGGAUUCAGAAGAUAUAGAAGAAGAGACUGAAGAAGAAGUUGAUAAGGUUCUUUCAGAAAUAGCUGGUGAAACUGCUGCACAGCUUCCUGAAGCUGUUAGGAAGGAAAGAGUCAGGGUACCUACCCAAAGAGAAAGCACUUCGCAUGAAGAAGAAGCUAUAACAGAGGGUGCAGAUGAUGAGGAAGAGUUAGAAGAGAUAAGGGCGCGACUUGCCCGAGUGAGAUCCUAAAACUAUACAUUUUCUUUUUGGUGUGAUUUUACUGCCUAUCUAGUAAAAAUGUAUUUUGUAUUAAAGAGCAUUAUGAGCUCAUUAGUCUAAUUUGAGAGAGCUUUUGAAGCCUCCAUACCAUUAAUCUCUGGAAUAGAUAUAUACAUGCUUCUGUAUUAUGUCAGUUGUGUUCUCAGUUUAAGAUCAGGGCCUUUUUCUUAGA